AGGGUGGGAUUGAAAGGAAGUAUAGGGGUAGGAAUGAGGGCCAGUGGGCUAGUAGUCCGCGAUAAGACAUCAGGAGUGGAUCGUCGUCAUCGUCGUCGUCGUCGUCGUCGUCGUCGUCGUCGUCGUCGUUUCUUCGGUGUCGAUCGUCGCGUCAAUUAUUAUAAUUCGAUUCCUAAAUAUUGAAAAAUUUCGUUCGUGAAAAUUUCAUUGAAAUAAAUUGUUCGUUCGAUUGAUAGACAGGGUGAGAUUUAACUGAGAAAGACAAAAGGAUUUUGAUAAUAUCGAUCCAAUUGAUAUUUAUUUAUUUAUUAUUUGAAAAAAAUUUCUUUUUCAACAUUCUUCAUCUUAAGGAGAAUUUCUCAAAGGAGACAGGUCGAUCGGUGCGCGCGAGCGCGCGCACUACCGGCUCACAUGUAUCAUCUAUAUGUUGUCUCGAAGGAACUUGGAAAUACUUGCGGAGGAUCGUUCGCCGGAUAUCAACGAGGUGGCGAUCGAUCCUUGCUUUACUUUCUAAUUGCUUCGAUCAUGGUCAAACGGGCGUAACGAUUGAUCGAACGAAUUAUGAGAGGAUUAGGAUGCGUUGGAACGGCAAAGACGAGGGCGGAGCUUUUGGAACAAUAUCGUCUUACCAGGUUCGUUAAAAGUUCGUCGUGAAGAGCGUCGUUGCUGUUUUGUUGAUGUCUUCUUAGAAAGGAGCCAAGUUUUGAUAGAAGGCGAAUAUUUCCAAGUACGUUGAUCUCUUAAGAGAGAUAAAGAGAGAAAGAGGGAGAAAGAGAGAGAAGAGGAAACAGAAGAAGAAGAAGGAGAAGAAGAAGGAGAAAAAGUGACAGAGUUAGAAAGAAAGAGAAAGAGAAAGAGAAAGAUAAAGAGAAAGAAAGAGAGAGAGAGAGAGAGAGAGAAAGAAAAGAGUGUCGUGCAAUUGAAGAGAAUCGUGUUGAAAUUCGCGUCUUUGUGCGAUGAUUCCGGUAUCGAUGAUUCCAAUGAUCGAGUUUGAAAGAGUUGAACCUUACGAGGGCUUCUUCCUGGAGUCUUUCGAAGUGGAGAACAUGUCGUCGUUGAUGAACGUCAAGUCCGACGGUGGUGAGACAGUGCGAUCGGUCGUGAAGAGAAUAUUUAACAAGAGUGAUUACGAACUGAAGAUCGUCCUCGAGAACGACGGUACCGGUGUAGGAGGAGUAGUAGCAGCUGCAACAGCAGGAGGUGGAGGAGGAGGUGGAGCUGCUGGAGGUGGUGCGCGCACCGACGUAGACAACGACGGACUGAACAAUUGGUGGGCGAUGCUAGCAUUGGUUCUAGUUGUGGGCACGGCAGCAGGAAAUAUUUUGGUCUGCCUUGCCAUAGCCUGGGAGAGGAAACUUCAAAAUGUUACAAAUUAUUUUCUGAUGAGUCUUGCCAUAACCGAUCUCAUGGUCGCCAUCUUGGUAAUGCCUCUGGGCAUUCUCACUCUCGUUCGAGGUUACUUUCCACUACCGCCGGUCUACUGUCUCGCUUGGAUUUGUCUGGACGUUCUAUUUUGUACGGCAAGCAUAAUGCAUCUCUGCACUAUAAGCGUCGACCGAUAUCUGAGCCUACGUUAUCCGAUGAAAUUUGGUCGGAAUAAAACGAGACGAAGAGUCACCCUGAAAAUAAUAUUUGUCUGGCUACUGAGCAUCGCCAUGAGCUUACCUCUCAGUUUAAUGUAUUCUAAGGAUCACAAUUCCGUAUUGGUCAACCGUACGUGCCAAAUACCAGAUCCUUUGUAUAAGCUGAUUGGUAGCAUAAUCUGCUUCUACAUACCGUUAGGUGUUAUGCUACUAACAUAUGCAUUGACGGUGAGACUAUUGGCAGAACAGAGACAGAAUAUCGGUGGAACUACCGGUUGGUCAUCGGGAUGGUUAGGUGGUCCACAAGGUACAACCACGGGAGGUCUUGAGAGGCGUGGCACGUGGAAGAGAUUUCUAUUGAAUAAAGGCUCAGCCGGAAGUGGUGGUACUCCUCAGCAUACCUCUGGUACUUCUACCGAUACGGAAUUAACAACCCUCGACACCCACGAAUUAUGGCUUCCUGAAAGUGAACCACCACCUUCGACGAUGUCAGCACUUCACGCUUUCGGUGCGGAAAUGUUAAAAUUGUCCAAAGGAUUGGAAGGUAUAGCAAGUCCGUUAACGCAAACUCCAAUUAGGACAGGCAGAUCAUCAACAUCUUCGGGUGCCCAUCCUUCUGGUCUUCAACAACAUCAACACCAUCAACAUCAACUUCAUCAUCAUCAUCAACAACAGCAACAACAACAACAACAACAACAGCAACAACAGCAGCAACAUCAUCAUCAUCAGCAACAACAUCAUCGGCAACAUCGGUGCAGCUUUCGAAACGGCAGCGGCGACAGCGGAGGAAGCAGUGCGUCGGGUUCAAGGACGAGUCUGUCGAUUGGUCAGGACGAUAUGAGUUCACCGAUAGCUCCGAAACAACGACGUAGAGCAUCGACGUACAACGAGAGACAUCUCGAAAGAGCAGAUUCUAUAACACCGAAGAUGUCCCGUAAGAGAUCAUUCAGUUUUCACGAACAAAUGGCAUUCAGGCGAUCCUCUUCCUCGAGAAAGAGUUCGGCCAAUAUCGAGGAUAACGCAAAAUCAAGAAAAUCCUCAGAAAAAUCUGAUAAUGAAAGCACGACGAUGAUAACAUUGCCACCUCCCUGCACCUGUCCGUAUUUCGGUGAAUCCUCAAAGAAACAAAUACCCCAGCAACCUAGCGAGAUCGUCAUUGUUUCGAGUGAAACUAUGAAGCCUAUUACUGAGAGAACACUUGAAAUGAAUCUUCUUGGUAGAAAGAACAGCGGAAGAAGCAACGAACUCGUAGGAACGAAUUCGAUCGUAACUUGGAGAGGAGGAAGACGUGGUUCUAGUUUAGGUAGUACGAGGACUCAAUUGGCGAGUUCGAGGACGACACCAUUACGACGUGCGGCGACAUUGCGUGCGCACAAUGGCGCGGCAACCAGUACGUCUUCGAAUCAAAGUAGUAAUCCAUCGUCCUCAUGUUCCAUAAGACAUGGUGGUGGUAGUGGUAGUGGUGGUGGUGGUGGUGCUAGUGGUGGUAGUGGUGUCGGUAUUAGUGGUGUACGUGCUCAUCAUUCGAGAACGAGUAGCGUUGUUUCAAGGAAUAGCUCGAGACACGGUAGGAUCAUAAGACUCGAGCAAAAAGCUACUAAAGUACUCGGUGUUGUUUUCUUCACCUUCGUCAUUCUUUGGGCGCCAUUUUUCGUUUUAAAUCUUGUCCCGGCUGUAUGUCCAGAUUGCGAAAAACAAAUCAAUCGUAAUAUCUUCGAUUUGGUUACGUGGCUCGGUUAUGCCAGUUCAAUGGUCAAUCCUAUAUUUUACACCAUUUUUAAUAAGGUAUUCAGACAAACCUUCAAACAGGUACUUCUCUGCAGAUACAGGAAUCAAGCCUGGAGACCGUCUAGGUAGGCACUCGGCCCCGGGAGACCGGGGUCUGCCGUUACCAGGCUUUAACGUCCAUUUAGUUUUCGAAGAGAUUGGGCUUUGAUAAAAAGGAAAAGUAUUAUACGAGAUAGAACUAGGAAAGACGUCGGUGGGAACUUUUAUUCUUUCUCUCUCUCUCUCUCUUUCUCUCUCUCUCUCUCUCUCUCUCUCUCUCUCUCUCUCUCUCUCAUUUUAUCUUUAUUUCUAUCUCUUUCUCUUUUUUUCUUUUUCUCACGUCCACACGACAAUGUCCAGACACAUCGGAUAGGAGAUUUGAUUAAUCGAAAGAUCUUCAAUGAGGAUCGAAAUAAUACUAAUAGUAAUAGUAAUAAUAAUAAUAAUAAUAAUAAUAAUAAUAAUAAUAAUAAUAAUAAUAAUAAUAAAUAAAAGACAUUUUCUCUCUCUCUCUCUCUCUCUCUCUCUCUCUCUCUCUCUUUCUCUCCUUUUCUCUCCAAGAGAGAGAAUCGUGAUUAUAAUUUCUAUGUAAAACGUAAAAGAUGCUUCCAUAAUUAAGGAUCGAAGUCGAUCGAAUUUCAAUAUCAUAAAA